GGAAAAAUGGAACGUCCAAAGCGUAAACGAAAACUUACUUCUAAAAUUCAAGAAUUUCUGGGAAAAUUGAAUCAACCACAAGAUGCUGAAGUCUCACGAAAAGAGUCCCCAAUCAAAACAAAGAAUCUACAGCUACCUGCCACUGUUAAAGGUUUGGACCUUAAUCCAAGUGUUAAAAUAGAACCAAUAGACUCAAUCCAAGCUGCUCUCAGCACAGACCAAUCAAUAACAUACAAUGAAUCUGAAGUAAAAAAUGAACAUAUGGAAGGAACCAUUGAUGUCCUGCCACAGUAUCACUAUCCAUUAAGAUAUGAAGAUUUGACAGACUCCUCCAGAGAACAAUGUCUCAUAGAAUCCUUCCAUCCAACAUCAGCUCAUGGGGUACCUGACUUCAUCCUUAAUCAAGAUAAGGUUUUUACAGUAAACUCAGACAUAGAUUUCAAUGUGACUAUAACUGUAUGUAUCACAUGUAGUGGGGGAUUCCUGUCCAGUGUUGAACUGAGCUUACACAAGGAGCAGGGAUGUUCAAAUUUAGCACUACAGCCACCCUUAGAUAAAACACCAAGACAUGUGGUAAAGACUUCAGACACAGAAAAAUCUUUGAUUGAUUUCAUCUCAAGUAAAAACAAACAACUUAAACCUAGACCUAAAAGUGCGAGAGUUCCAUGCGUUGAGGAUGGAGAUACUAUUGUUAUACCCCCACCUAAUUCAAAAAACAAUGUGACAUCAAAAAUAACCAAAGAUACUCCUGAAAAGAAAAACUCUGAUAAAAUUGUUAACGAAAUUGGCAGUGAAAUCACAUCAAAUGUAGAAGGUGAGCUUGUAAAAGAUAAACCAACACCUAAAAGGAGAAAGACUACCAAACCCAAGAAGAAUAAAAGCAAGAGCCCAAAUAAAGUUGUACAAGCACUCUGUAGUCCUUCUAAGGGUGCCCCUGCACUAGUAACUAUGGUACCAAUUGAAAAUAAAGGUGGAUCCACUCUAUUUAAACUUUUACCCAACUUGGAGAAAGGGACAGAAGCUUCUACAGCUAUUGAAACACAGGAAGAGAAAGCUGCAGAUAAAGUCUCUGAUAUUAUUAUGACAGAAUCGAUUGAUUCUACACCUGAUGUGAAUGUAACUAAUACUGUACAAAUUGAUCAUGGAUAUAACAAGCAGAAGGGAAAACCUGCUAAAGAAACAACAAUUGCAGUGGAGAAUAUCCCAAUGUUAGAUGAUGAAGAUGACAAUGAGACAUUUGAAAAUAUUGUGCAUGAAGUACAUAGUGAUGAGAUCAUAGAUAAUGAUGAAGCCAUGAAAAAGAAGGGAAAAACUGUAAAAAUGUUAAAAGAUAAAACUGUGAAACGAAAACAAGAAACAGAAGCAGCAAGACUGAAAGCCAUUCAGCCUUAUUUGGACAUGGUUGAAACAGGAAUUGAUGAAAAGGGCCAAGAACAGUUUAAAUGUGGACAUUGUGGUUUACUAAUGAAAGUUAACUCCUCAAGUUGUCCGACACCAGCAUCAUUAAAAACAAAACUCAGGAACCAUUUAUUCCUUCAUGCGAAGAAAAAAUAUAAAUGUGAAUUUUGCGAUUUUGAUAAAGCUGAUAGACAGAAAUUGAAAUAUCACACGGAUAAAGAACAUAACAAUGGGAAGGUGUACAUCUGUGAAAUAUGUGCAGCUUCAUUUACAUGUGAACAAAACCUUGGCAACCACAUGGUGAGGCAUAAACAAGGUUGUCCUCAAUGUAAACUCUGCGGCAAGAAAUUCAAGAACCACAAGAAGCUUAAGACGCAUAUAGAGUUUGAGCAUGAUGGAGCCACACUGUUGCCCUGUGAUAAAUGUGAGGCUAAAUUCACAAGCAAAUAUCUGUUGAAGAAACAUGCGUAUAAAAUGCACAUAGUUGGACAAGAAAUCUGUCCCUACUGCGGACUUAAGUUCUCUGAGCUAAGAUUCCAUUUGGCAAAACAACAUGGAGUGAAUGCAAAAUCAUAUUCAUGCCCUACAUGUUCUUACAAAUCUAACGAUCUAGCUUUGCACAAGCGCCAUUUGCUUACUCAUACAGGAGAGAAGCCAUUUGACUGUGACCUCUGUUGCUGGGCGGGUAUUAAGAAAGAUCAAUGGAAUUCACACAUGUUAUUGAAACAUGGCUUCAAGAAGCGCUAUCGCUGUAGCAUGUGUAACUUCAGUGCACCAACAGAUCGCGAUAUCUACGAACAUGAGAAAACGCAUGAAGAUGGGGAUGAAGUAGAGAUUGAUGGAGCAAAUUAUCUGGAUACCUAUUACUCAUGUGCAGAUUGUGACACCCUAUAUAAAACAGAAGUUGAAUUAAGUGCUCACUUUAUGGCAGAACAUGGAACAGAUUUGGGAAUAUUUGGUGAGAAUCAGCUGAAGACUGUAACAGAGGAAUUAGUUGUAGACUCGGUUCAGGUUAUUCCUGAGACAGAAUCUUUUGAGAUACCUACACAAGUAGAGUAUAUGGAUCCAGUGCCUCAAUGAAACCAUUUGUUUUUUUAACCAAAUGACAUGAAAAUCAUGUGAUUGUAUAACUAUAUCGAUUAUCCUACAAUUGCAUCACUGAGUCUUCUUACAAAUAUAGCCCCAUGUCUUAGCUACAAUAGUGACAGCCAUAUUCAAAUAUCAUGAUACUCAAUAUAUAUAUCAUGAGGUGUGGUAACUAGUAGUGCCCAUGAUAUACGAGGUCGUUUAAUAAGUUCAUUGUAAGUUCUGAUCUUGGAGUUGCAAAAUCAUGCUGUUUUUAGAUUUUAAAUCAUGUAAAAAGGCUUUUUUUAGUGGCCUCAUUCGUACAUAUGUCUACUGUGUAUGGUACAGUAGUAAAGAGUGUAGUAAGAGUGACAAUAAUUUUUACCAUAUGUAAAUAAUUUCUAAAUAUAGCAAGUUAAUACUGAUUUGAUGUUAUAAUAGAAUACAUGUACAUAAAUAUACCACAUUAUACAAUUGUUUUGAUGUGUUUGGACAUUUGAGAAGAUAACUACGAAAGUUGAAUGGGUACUCUCAAAAAUGAAAUGAAAUAAUUGUUUUAUUAUUCAAUGCUAGGUUUCUCAUUCUGUGGCCCCAAAAGAAGGAUAUUUUUUUUCUCUUCAGAACGUAUCAGAGGGCCUCAAUCAGAAGUAUCUAAGAAUCAAGCAUAAGAAAUAUUUACUCGUCAGAGCAAAACUUGUUUAUGUUUACAUGUCUAUACAGAAUAAGUUUAACAGGGAAAUCAAACACCAUGUCAUGUCAUGUGAUCAAUGUUCAGCUAAUGAUAGAAUGAGAAAUAUGACAUUGAUUGUCUUAUUUAACAAUCUGUGGGAGUAUCAUUUCUACCUCAUUUAAAAUGUUUGGGUGUCUCACUUAUAAGCCCAUAGGUGUUUCACAAGGGUGUUCAUUAAUAGAGUGAAAUGUUCAGAUUUCCUACAGUAUGUUGGUGGGGAUUUAUUUUGAGUUAAUGAUAUAAUAGCCUUGCCCAAGCUGGUCUCUUACUUUUCUUGAUUUCUAUUAUGACUGCCGGUAAUAAGUCAAGAUCAGAUAAGUAAAAAAAUACUGACCUGGGCAAGGCUAAUGAUAUAACCACAAUUCUAAAAUUGAAUUGUAUUUGUUUGUUAUUAUGAUUUAAAUAACAACUUUUGACA